AUGCCUGCGAACGUGCGUUUUUCCGUUGAUGUUAUCUUUAUUACGUAUGCUAUGCCAGAAAUCAAGGACAGCUCUGCUAGAAAAGACGUUGCUCCUGCUCCCCUAUGCACUAUCAAGUCGAAGAAGUUACUGCAAGAUCCCGUAUAUAAAGCAUUUGUCGCCCUACUGGACAACUAUGAACAUCGUGUUGGCACUUCUGAGAGGGAGACACCGCAAAAAAGGAAGGAGAUCGAUCAGUUUUUAGACGCGGUUGUGAAGACGGAAACAAUGAAAGCUUUUCAUGGCUAUCUUGUGGCACAAAAUCUGGCUAGUGCCUCACAAGCCGCUUUUAAGAAUGAACUGCAUGCUAUAUGGUUCAAGCCGUAUAGGAGAAAUAGACAAGACGAUUCCUCACCCUUCGAGCACGUUUUCGUUGGAGAAUCGAAGAAUGAUAUAGUGUUAGGAAUGCACAACUGGAUCACAUUUUGUGUUAAAGAGAAGGACCGUAUUUUCAAUUACUAUGGACGACUUAAACCGCAUAGCCGCGAUCCUGAUUACAAGGCUAGCUUUCAAUUUUCAAUGCAUAAGAACUUUUUCAAGGUCUUUAAUACAGUUAUUUUUGGUUCAUCGGUGGAGUUUGACUUUGGCCUCUAUACGGCAGCUUUCCUCAAGUUACAGCAGGUUUAUAAAAAUGAAGCAAAUUUGCCUCCAUUGGCUGUGACCCUGGACAAAACGAGGCUUCUUAUUCAAUGCCAUCUAUUUGCCAAAACUCGAAUGGGUUCUUGCUAUGUCAAAUAG